CCUGAUCCCACUUUGUCUCGGUUAUCCUACUUCUUGCAUACUCCUCGUCAUAAUAUACGCGUAUUAUCUUCCAAAGAAUAUACAUCCGACGAUCCAUAUACCAUGGACGCGACUCUUUAUGUUAACCUCCCCCCGACAUACAACACCCUGGACUCGGUCGACCGCAUCCGUCUGAUGCGUACCACGCGCAAAGUCGGCGAUAUCCUCGGUGCAACACCGCAGCUACUCGAGUCUACGGCCUUGCCGAUCACGUUGCUCCCAAUAGGGCCCUCUAGCGAGCCUUCGGCGGAUUGGCGCAAACAUAGACGAUACGGGUCCAUCUUCGCGAACACCUCCGUCACUUCCUUGGCGUCCGUUGCGUCGACUGCCUCCUCCUCUUCCCUUGUCUCCUUCGAGGAGGAGGAACUGCCCUCCCGCGAUGCCCAGCCGCAGGCGAAGCGGCCCCGUGGCCCACGGCCGCGUCCACUUCUCCUUCGUCUCAACCAUGCUGUUCCCACCGUCUCGGUUGCGCUGCCGAUCACCCCUUCUCCGCUGGCCUCCAGCAACGACGACACGAUGAUCCCGCCCACCCCCUGCACUCCCACCACGCCCAACCCUACGCUCGUCCGCCGCCGCAAGCUCGCGAAAUUAGCGCGCCAUCUUGGCGAGAACGUCCCGCCCGAGCUCGUCUUCCGUGACACGCCGCCCGUCGUCGAUCAGUUCUCCUGCGCCGGCAGACGUCGUAGCCUGUCGAUCAACGAACUGAGCGGCGGGAAGUACGCGCCCGUGUCGGGGUCCUACGUGAACUCUACCGUCCAAGGUGGCCCCAAGGCUGGUUGGGUCGGCCAAUGGAACCGGAGUGAUAUCCGGGAUGUGCAGCGAGAACUUCGCACCCUCAGGGCGCGGUGAGCAGGUCUCGCCGCUGAGGCCCUCGAUUUUCAUGCUCGAUAUGCCUCCAUGAUUAUUUGUUUUGUGAUAUGACUAUUGGAUAGCCGUUUGCACGUUGUACGCU